CAAUGAAGAGAGAAGAGGUGAGAGAGUAGAAACCUUCGCUACGGAGCAUCAAACGCGCAGGGAAAGUUAUUCACCUGCUUUUUAGGGGGCUUUCUAACAUUGGGAGUAUCGUGAAUCUUCGUAUACACGUUGGAUAUUACAGAGGAAAUAUGAUGGAUAUACAAAUUGUCUAGCAAUUGUGUUUGAGAAUUCAGCGCAGAAUGCGCCAUCAUUGACUUGCUUUAAAUUGCAUAUACUAUUCGGUAUUUCAGUAAGGAUCAGCAAACCUGUUGAAACUUAAAACAACAUAUUUGCCACCUGAGAAUAACACGGUGAAACACCUGUAACUUUUGCACUGAGGACUAGAGGAAUUACUGAAAGAAUACUUCAGACUGACGCACUAAAUGGAAAUACAACCUGCCUUUAUUUGCAUUAGUGUAAAACAGAUCAAGUAUGCUGGAGGCUGUUUGACUGGCAGCUAUGGGACCAAAAAGAGACUAUUUUUUGGAUGUUACCAUGGUGACGGCACUGUGCCUUCUGUGGGUCACUCACGGUCAGAAGCCAGAGGUGCGUGCCAAGGUAGGGGGUGUGGUGGAGAUGGCGUGUAGACUGCCACUCCCUGACGCGGGUGCGUCUGUGCCCCUGCACGUGGUGGAAUGGGUGCGCCAGGGAUUCGACAUCCCAGUCCUGAUCAAGUUUGGAGUGUAUGCUCCUCGGGUGCAUCCCAACUACGAGGGCCGUGUGUCUCUGGUGAGGAAUACUGUCUUGAGGGUGAAGGGGCUCCUCAUAGAGGACCAGGGCCUGUAUGAGUGUCGCAUCCUCCUGCUGGACAAAACCACAGAUGAGACCCGCAAUGGCACCUGGACCCUGCUGUAUGUCACUGCUCCUCCUAUUUUCAGCAAGACCCCUCCCCCUGUCAUGGAGGCUCUAGUGGGGAAUCCUCUCUCUCUGGCCUGCGUUGCCCGCGGUAACCCACCACCCACCAUAACCUGGGCUAAAGAUGGUACUCUCAUUGGAGGAGACAAGGUUGAGGUUCUGAGUGGGACGCUGUCUCUCAGAGCAGUGGACAGGGAGGCAGGAGGACAGUAUGAAUGUCUCGCCUCCAACGCGGAGGGCAAUGUGACUCAUGUGACAAAAAUUAAAGUCAAAGGUCCUCCAGUCAUUGUUAUCCCCCCGAAGGACACCUCCCUCAACAUGACCCAGGAUGCCCAGCUGCAGUGCCAGGCGGUGGCUGAUCCUCCCAACAUGACCUAUGUGUGGCAGAGAGAGGGAGAGAAUGUCUACCACAUAGAGGCUCUGAAGUCCCGUGUGAAGAUCAUGGUGGACGGCACCCUUCUCAUCACCCGCAUUACCCCAGACGAUUCUGGGAACUAUACCUGCAUGCCCACCAACGGACUGUUGACUCCGCCUACUGCAUCUGCCAAUCUCACUGUGACACACCCUGCCCAGGCUCUCCUGAUGCCACCGCAGACAUAUCUCCCCACCGGCCUGGGAGGUCUGGUCUCCUGCCCUGUGAGAGCUCAGCCACCCCUGCUCCGCGUCGACUGGACCAAGGAUGGACAGCCACUGGAUCUGGCAAUGUACCCAGGAUGGACGUUGACGUCUGAAGGCUCGGUGUUCAUGGCUACUGCCAAUGAUGAUGCAACAGGCGUAUACACGUGUACCCCCUACAACAGCUACGGGACCAUGGGCCAAUCAGGGCCCACGACAGUCAUCCUACAGGACCCCCCGUCACUCAGCGUGUGUCCCCGUAAGGAGUAUAGACAGGAGGUUGGGAGAGUGCUUGUUAUUCCCUGCCAGACCACUGGAGAUCCAGUCCCUAGUAUAACCUGGAGCAAGGUUGGACCUGCCACACGCUCUCAGUACUCUGUAGCAGCUAACGGCUCCCUGCUGCUGCUUCCUCUCAGUAAAGACCACCAGGGGGAGUGGGUGUGCAGUGUUACAAACCGCGUGGCCACUGUCAAAGCCAGCACUCUCAUCUCAGUGCUGGGCACCAGUCCCCAUGCUGCCACCCUGGUGUCUGUCACUCCAGGGGCGAAGCAGGCCAAUGUCUCCUGGGAACCAGGCUUUGAUGGGGGAUACACCCAGAAAUUCACAGUCUGGUUGAAGAAGAUGUCUGUGGGUGACAGUGGGGAGAAACAGGAGUGGCUCUCUGUGCCCGUGCCCUCCUCCUCUGGCUCCAGUCUGCAGGUGACGGGGCUGGUCCCUGCCACAGAGUACCAGUUCAGUGUCCUGCCACACAACAAAGUGGGCACUGGGCCUUUCAGCGAAAUCGCCACCAUCCGAACUCUGAAUCCACUCCCAAGGAGAGCGAAACUAGAGCCACCCACAUCGCUGUCAGCCAAUCAGAGCUUGGCAGGUAUAGUCCUGCAGUGGUCCCCCUUGUCUCAGUUCCUGCCCAUCACUGGAUUUGUCCUCCAAUCGCGCACUGAGCAAGGGGAGUGGUUCAAUCUGGACGAGGACAUCGGUGCCAAUAGGAGUGUGAUGAUCGUUCCAGGACUGCGCAAGGACUGUGUGUAUGAGCUGCGGCUGCUGUCCCGGCGAGGGGAGUUGCUGAGCGAGCCCAGUCCAUCAGUCAACGUCUCCACCAUGGGGAUGGAUAUGUACCCUGCCACUUCCCGCUUCCUGGAGUUUGUUCCCGAGCCACUAUUGGCUGGAGUGAUGGGCGGCGUGGGCUUCCUGUGUUUGGCCCUCAUCCUGGUCCUAGGGACAGUGUGUAUCUUCAGUCACAAGAGAGACCAGCGACGCAGGAAGAUGAAAGAUGAUCUCCCUUCUGUCAUCUAUAAAAGCCCCCCCUCAACCAGUCCGCUUGCUAGCAGUCCAGACAGUGUGCUGAAGCAGAAGCUCCUCCCUCCCCACUGCCACCCCCACUAUCCCGGCUCCCAGUCCUCCUGCUCCUCCUCCCAGUCGGACCACUCCUCCUUUGGCAGACCCAGCCACAGUGAAUACAAGGACCAGCGCCAGCAGCUGCUCUCCUGCCCCCCACCUCCUCCUCACUAUGCCGUCCACCACCAUCACCACCUCCCCAGGAUAGGCUCUUCCCCCUAUUCCCCUCUAGAGUUUAUCUCUAGAGGUCCAGACGGUCGCUUCAUUGUGCAGCCCUACGACCAGUCCUCCGUCCCCUCCUCCCACACCAUGAGAUCCCUGAGGAAAAACUUCCCACAAUCCACUGGGGUCCAGAGGUCAGUGUCCCUUCGCUCUGAGAAGAGCGUGGGGAGGGAGCCGCCUUUCGUCCUCUCAGUGGACCUACCCCCUUGUGGUGGAACUGACCCCAACCCCACGACCAGGGUACGGGCCAUGGCCAAACACCUCUCCCUCCACGGACGCUUCUACCUGGAUGAGGAGCAGGACAGUUGUGCUGAACAUCCGGACAAGAGUAGUCUCUACUCAGACAGUAACUCAGACAUGUCCCCCCAGCCAAGCCUGGAGGAGAGCAAUCCAGGAUACCCAUCCCUAAAGCGGGCCGUCCAGCCAGCCACCGCCAGCACCCUGGUCCUACAGAUGGAGCAUGAGAAGGAGACCGGCAACCUGAGCAGGUGUCUGAAGCUGGCCCGGGAGAGAGAGAAGCUGGAGAGAGAGCUACGGAAGUACACACUUGAUAGUAACGCUACUUUAGGCGGGAAGAGAGAGGGACCAGGCAGCGACGAGGAGAGGUGGAGAGAGUCUGAAGAGUGCGAUCCAAUAUGGAAACCUCAGGACAACACUUCACCACACAGUCACACCCAUCAUCUCAGUCAUCCCCAGGUCAACAGGGGGUGCUCAAGCAUGGCCAAAGUCCCUUCACCCCCGUCCUAUAUUCACUGGGAGGCCAGCCCUCUCACUUCAGCCACCAGCCUUGUCCCAGCACAUCUCACAUCUGAGAGGACAGCGGCCCUCCACUGUGACCCUCCACUCACCCAGUGUCCCUCUCUGUCACCUGUCACACAACACCCCUUCAGGUCAGAGAGAGCAGAGUGUCACUCUAAGGGGAGGGUGAGCCACCAGCCACUAGACAGGCAGGAAGGGAUGGAGACUGCAAGGGUCAAGACACACACAGGGCUUUGUGAUGAAACUCACAUGUCAACAGAGUUGAAGAGAGGUGACUUGGAGUCACAUGAAUGGAACAGCAAGAGCAAUCAAUUUAAUGUCAGCAUUUCACACAAGUCUAAGCCAGAUGUCUCUGUCAACAAAGUGCCUGGUUCAGGGAGAGUGGAGUUAGCAAGGUCACAGCCAUGUGAAGAGUCAUCUCUACACACAGCGGUUGACCUCUCAGAAUGUGUAGAAAUGAGUGUGGAUGAACCAGAGGAUGAAGGCUCAGUGGAUCCUCCUACAAUUCCUAUAAGGCACCAGAGACAUGCCCAUCAGGUAAACAAUGAGUCCCCAUUGGCUGAGAAAGACCACAGAGGACCACAGACCAUGAAAGACCACAGAGCCCAUCCAUUGGCCCACAGGAUAAGCCCAGUGCCUAGGGAGGAACGGGAGAAGUGGCACAGAAGGUCAUCUCGGAGUAGAAGCCCAGCUACCAUUCAGCCUCCUAGGCCGGCGCUCAGGAAGGCUAUCAGUCUAGGAGGCUUUCAGAACAGGAACAGCGGCAACCACCAGCGCAGCCAGAGUCUAGACUCCAGGAGACAAUCCCUGGGUAACUUCCUGACGCCUGACGCCUGGGUCGACUCUCUCAGCCAGGAGAACUGCUCCUCUCCCUUCUCCUUCCGCCCAGACUCUGUCUUCUUUGAACCCGAAAACACCUUAACUCCUGAGACCCCCACCCACACAGAGGCCCCCCUUGCUUCUCCGCCUCCCGCUCCCCCGCCACCUCCCCCCCAGGACCCCCGACCUCCCAGCAGGGCCCCACAGCAGCUCUGUGAAGCAUAUGGGGGUGAUAUGCACAUCCAAAGCGUAAGAAAACCGGUGCUGGAGAGACAGACGCAGCUCCCCCCAACCCCUCCUUCAGUGCCUUCCAGCCCCAGUCAUCCCCCCCACGACCCCAGGAAGAAGGCUUCCAUCUUCCCAGACGCCUACAGGUGGCCCAUCACCUACCAGGAGGCCCUGAGGUCGGUGCAGCGCAUGGAGGCCAGGAAGAAUGCAUCUCUCCCCAGGGACCACAGAGAGCACCCCAGACCCCCAGACUGUAGAGGCAGAACCACAGCUCCCUCCCUGCUCAGGGGUUACAGCUGGCCUGCACCUCACCACACUCCUCAGCCACCCCAGGAGGAGGAGAAGAAGCAGGAGGAGGUAGUAGUGGAGGAGGAAAAGGAGCAGCGGUAUGGGGGACAUGAGGUGGAGAUUGGGAGGUAUCAUCGGGGAGUGCCAGACUCGGGGGGGAGCUACAGUAGCUAUGCCAGCCAGAGCAGUGGCAGGGGGAGUCUGGAGCCUCCAAACGGGCGCCUGUCCAUCUGCCUGUCCCCAACCCUCACCAGCUCUCCUGAGUCCACCGAGGAGAUGCAGGGAAACACAGUGGAGUCACACCUACAGGACAUGGAGGCAUUGAAAAUGAGAAAGGCCUCAGUGGAUGAGAAUUAUGAGUGGGAUUCAGCUGAUGUGUCCAUUCAGCUGGGAGAUCAAGACCUUGAAGGUAGAGGCCUGUUCUCCUCAGUUAGUCUACUGAAGUCUACUCCCAGCCUGCACCAUUCCAGGGAGGGCCUCAAAGAGUCGGUCCACUUCCAGGGUCAUCGCCAUGUGACCAGCCGCCACUCAGAACCCGAACCAGAGACUGUGAUGUUCUGACAACCCCAUCCAUCGCGAAGACUUCAAACAAGGAGGUGAAAAUAGUGUGCCUUCAUCGGCAAUUCAGCAUGGAUGUACAGUUGUCAAAACUCUCAUCCAUGGGAUAACACUGACUGACUGGACUGGUGGACGCUCAGGGCUUAGUGGUUACAUUGAUUUCUCUCUGCUACUUCUAUGGGAUACUUGUACUAUGAAACUUGUUACCAAGUAAGUGAAAAGGCAGGUACAAUCUCUGGUCUCGCUUGCCCGUCAUCAUGGCACUGUGUACGGAAAUACAUAAUUAAUACUCUUGGACUCACGGAAGAACAGUUGGAGGGCCUUUUUAUUGCUUUGAGAAAAAGCAAUCCACCACUGGGCUGUCACUUUGUCCACUGCUACAACACUUUCAACUUAUGACAGAACUAUGACGUAUGAUUGAUUUUUCUGUGAGAUGGAGAGAGAGCGUUUGAGAGGGCAGUAUGACAGGUCCUUAAAAUGAAGGAGGACUGAUGGAGAAUGUGCCGAAGUAGGCUGCAUCAUGCCUUUUUUCACGUCGUUUUGUUCCUGGUCUAGUGUGACCGCUUCUGCAGUACAACUAUGAGCUCUGAGUAGACGAUCAAUAAUAUUACCCAGGAGGUUAACUCACUCGGGUUAAUCAGAUGUAGCUCUAUGAAGAAGGAUUGCUUUCUUUUCUACCCAUAUUCUCAAUGUGUAGCUAAUCGAAUCUCUCAUUACUCUCUAUUUUUAACCUCAUUGAUGUUGUGCAAUGUUUGAUCUGUCUAAUGAUUUUUUUUGUACCCAGAGUGCAGUCGUUUUUUUUGUUUGUGACUGAGGAGGGUGAGCGUUUGGCUGGUAAUGAUCACCUGUUGCUGGGAUAAGUGAAGGCCGUUUUUUCACCAACCAUGUGUAAAAUGAGUGUUAUUAUCAGUGCGCAUUAUCCGGUGAGAUUUUUUUGCUGUGUCUAAUUUGGAGAUGGAAACCUAAAUGGUAUUUUUUCAAUAAGUCAAUCUCUGAGUCAUCCUAGUCAGGGAGGGAGAUGGGAAUUUACAGCUUGUCUGAAGAGUUAAUUAUGCCCUAGAAUGCCUUCCAGCACAACGUCUGGUGAUAGAGGAGAGAAAGGAGGGGCACCGCGGGUGUGAAUGCCUUUUGAGCUGUACACACUCUGUUAUCAGCUUACAACACCAGAUCACCCCACUUACCCUCCAUUUUAAUUCCAUCAAACAUUUGUACACAGAAAUGACUCCCAGAGAAAUGUCAGUUUGUCCACUUUGGGUUUUAUAUAUGUGGUAUGGUUCUCAAUAGCAAUACACUGCCAAUAUACAUGUAAUAUUUUCUCAACAGUUUGUUCCGAAUCCUCAGACUGAAUGCAAAUGCAGUUAGAUGAAUGACUAGCCUAAUCAUUACUGCUACUGUGCUUUUGUAAACAUGCAUUGUGAUUGUAUAAGGAUAAAGGUGAACUAUUUUCAAGGUUUUUGUGUACGUUGUACUUAAAUAUAUCCUUUUUUAUACAGAAAAUUAUUCAUUGUUUUGUAUAGUAAGACUAGUGUAUUUCUUUGUAUGGUCUGUGCUUUGUUUGCUGAUGAUGCGCCGUACAAGCUAUCCUUAUAUAAACACAUUUUCCAUAGAACUGAAAAAUAAAUACUGGUUCUAUGCAUGUUUUAUUCAGUAA